CAGGCCGGCGCUGGUUCUCGGCCCGCAGUGCCAGCAGCCGCAGCCGCCGCGCCGGGAGCCGCUGAGCCGCGGGGAGGGGAGCGAGGCGCUGAGGCGAGCCGGGCGGGCGGCGAGACCCCGUCUCCUCCGGCCACCGCAGAGAGAGGUUCCUUCGGAAGCGAGCUUGGACGGCAUGCAAAGUUGUGACCUCCCUGCAGACAGCACGGAUGAUCCUCUCAGUAGCGGCCUGCGGAGCAAGCGGCAGCCUCGAAUAGUGGUGAUCGGUGCUGGGCUCGCGGGCCUGUCGGCAGCCAAGGCGCUCCUGGAGAGCGGCUUCACGGAUGUAACCGUCCUCGAGGCCACUGACCGCAUCGGAGGCCGCGUGCAGAGUGUGAAGCUUGGGCACGCCACUUUUGAACUGGGAGCUACGUGGAUUCAUGGUUCACAUGGAAACCCAGUCUAUCAUCUAGCAGAGGACAAUGGUUUGCUGGAAGAGACUACUGAUGGCGAGAGAAGCGUUGGGCGGAUCAGCCUUUACUCCAAGAAUGGGGUGGCUUACCACCUCACCAACAGCGGGCAGAGGAUCCCGAAGGACGUGGUUGAAGAAUUCAGUGAUUUAUACAACGAGGUCUAUAACCUGACUCAGGAGUUCUUCCAACGAGGUAAACCAGUCAAUGCUGAGAGCCAGAACAGUGUGGGCGUCUUCACACGGGACGUAGUGCGCAAGCGCGUCAAGGCCGACCCGGAUGACACAGAGGCCGUCAAGAGGCUGAAACUAGCCAUGAUCCAGCAGUACCUUAAGGUGGAGAGUUGUGAGAGCAGCUCCCACAGCAUGGACGAAGUCUCGCUCAGUGAGUUUGGGGAGUGGACCGAAAUCCCUGGGGCUCAUCACAUCAUCCCUUGUGGGUUCAUAAAGAUCGUGGAGAUCCUGGCCCGCUCCAUUCCCGACUCCGUCAUCCAGCUCCGCAAGCCGGUCAAGUGCAUCCACUGGAACCAGUCGGUCAGCAAGGAGAUUGAGAGGGUGGCUGACCACAACAGUGACCUCCCCAAGGAGGACAGGGGCUCUGAUGUCUUCGUAGAGUGCGAGGACUGUGAGUUCAUCCCGGCUGACCACGUCAUCGUGACUGUGUCCCUGGGAGUCCUGAAGAAACGCCACGAGAGCCUCUUCCAUCCCCGCCUGCCCGAGGAGAAGGUGAUGGCCAUUGAGAAACUUGGCAUCAACACCACUGACAAGAUCUUCCUGGAGUUCGAGGAGCCCUUCUGGAGCUCUGAAUGCAACAGCAUCCAGUUUGUCUGGGAAGACGAGGCAGAAAGCGAGAGCUUGACUUAUCCCGAGGAGCUGUGGUACAAGAAGAUCUGCAGCUUCGAUGUGCUCUACCCACCAGAGAGGUAUGGCUAUGUCCUGAGCGGCUGGAUCUGUGGAGAAGAGGCUUUGAUUAUGGAGAAGUGUGAUGAUGAGACUGUGGCAGAAACCUGCACCGAAAUGCUCCGUAAAUUCACAGGGAAUCCAAACAUUCCGAAACCUCGCCGGAUCCUGCGCUCCUCCUGGGGCAGCAAUCCCAACUUCCGUGGCUCCUACUCCUACACCCAGGUUGGGUCUAGUGGGGCCGAUGUAGAGAAACUCGCUAAGCCGCUGCCUUACGCCGAGAGCUCCAAGACUGCUCCCAUGCAGGUGCUGUUCUCUGGAGAGGCCACUCACAGGAAGUAUUACUCCACCACCCACGGUGCUGUGCUCUCCGGGCAGAGAGAGGCUGCUCACCUCAUCGAGAUGUACCAGGACCUGCUGCAGGGCCGCAACUGAAGGACCCAGCGAUUGCCAACGCCACCAACCCCCUCGCCCUGGACAGCUCUCUGGAGGGGUUCUUUUACUUUCUGGGUUGGUUGGUUUGUUUCAGUUCAGUUCACAGUAGAACAGCUUUUAUCUUUGUUUUUGUUUUCUAUUAAACAACAACAGAAAAAAAUGACCUAACUGUUAAAAAACCAAACCCUUAGCCUCCACUAGCUUCAUUUCUGUGUGAUGUCCUGCUAAUGGGGAAGGGUUCUCCUUUUUUGUCUGGCUAAUUUUGUCUUCUUAAUUCCAACUCAACUUUUGGUGCCUCUCAUUUUUAUGUUUAUUUCCUUUCUGUAUUGUAAGUGCCUUCUAGACUGAAAUAAAUGUUGUAAUAAAAAGCCUUGGGAACUUC